GGAAACAUUGUGGUAGGCGCUAUUCUUUUAUCUAUGGGCAAAAAGUGGGCUCUGAACUUUUCAAACAUCAUCCAAAUUCCUACAUUUCUAUCUUCCUGCUCUAGCAUCGCUUGCCUGUCCAAGAAAAUCUCUUUGAACCUGGCUUUUCUCCUCGAAAGUUAAAAACUUCCAGUCUGAAGACUAAUACAAAUAAAGUACGAGUUCAUUGAAACUCGUACAGAAACUAUUUUCAAUUUUAGUUUAUUGGUUAAUCUCGUAUUUGAUGUGAAUAUUCCAAUUCAUUCUCUCUUUUUUCUGAUGCGAAGAUUCUGAAUCUUUGUUCUAAAAUUCCUUCAUGUAAUGCUUUCUUUCCUGGCAUAUCUCAUAAUGGGAUCCUCACAAUCACUUCAAUCAGCCGUUGAAGUAGUCUCAAACUGGCAUCCGCAACCAAGAGAAAGAUUAAUAUUCGAUUGUGGUCGUGCUGAAGUCAGUCAAUACCUGCAGGCGGUAGUCAAGAUUCGGCAAUCAGCAAGCGAUAAUGAUGAGCUCAAAGACAUCAUUUCCAUGGCUGUAUCUCGGCUCAAGCAUGAGUUUAGGACCGUAUUGACUAGGCAAACAGAUUCAGCUAUGGGUUCGAAUUCCACGACUGAGUUGAGCUCUUUAACUGACAGCACUGGCUAUCAGUUUCGAUAUGAGGAUUUUGUAGUGCACGAAACACCAAGUGCAGAGGUGAUCCGUUAUCUCCGAAGCAUAGCGGAGACAAUGGAUUCUUGCGGGCAUCUUGAUGUCUGCAUUGAGGUGUACAAGUCAGUGAGGAGGCCUUUCGUGAAUGCAGUAUUCAAGAGGCUUCGGCUUGAUGAAUUGAAGGCUGGGGACGUUAAGAGGUUUUUGUGGGAAGAGUUGAAGAUGAAAAUUGAGCGCUGGAUAGAGGCUGCUAGGGUGUGUACCAAGAUUCUCUUCACCAGGGAAAAGCAAUUUGCCGCUCAAAUAUUUUCCGGGCUUGGAAGAACUGCCACUCACGAGGAAUGUUUCCUAUACACAGCCAAAGAUGCUGCAGUUUGUUUAUUCAGUUUUGCCGAAUCUGUGAGCUUGAGUCACCAAUCUCCAGAGAGGCUGGAGGCAGUCCUGAUGCUUUACGAGGUAAUGGUCUCUCUUGCGCAGGAUGUUGGUGCCCUUUUCCCGUCAGAAUCAGCAAAAGCUAUACCAAAUGGCACAGCUGCGACCCUGUCUAGACUUGAGGACGAGGUCAGAAGGAUGCUCUCGGCUUUUGAGAAUGCUGUGCUUCAUGAGCUUUCGACCAUCUCAGAUGAUGGAGGCAGAGUCCAUCCGCUGACAAAACACGUCAUGGGGUAUGUUAAUCUGAUGGUAGUUCAUAGGAAGAAUCUAGUGAGGUUGAUUGUGUCAAGGCCCUCGAUGACUAUUAGGGGUCAAAAUGUUCCAGACUCGGAGCUUCAGGACCCCACGAGUCUAAGUCCUUUAACUUUGCAUUUGGUUUUGAUCAUAGCAGUUUUACAAUCAAAUUUGGAGCAUAAAUCCGAGUACUUCAAGGAUCCUUCUUUGAGGUAUCUGUUCAUGAUGAACAAUGUGAGGUAUAUUGUACAAAAAAUUGAGGGUUCGGGGGAACUGCAAGAGUUGAUUAGUGCUGAUUAUCUGAAGAAGUUAGACGGGUAUGUCAAAGGGGCAAUGACUAGCUAUCAGGAAAUAACCUGUGGAAGGUUAUUGAAUUGCUUGAGAGACGAGGGACUCUAUGUUUGUCGGUGUUUUACUUCUCAAGUGUCAAUUCGUGCUUUGAGGAAAAGGAUCAAGAUCGUAAACAUUGUUUUUGAAGAGAUUCGGUCGCUACAAUCAUCACGGGAAGUACAAGAUCUCGGGCUUCGGGAGGAGCUCCGCCGUUCCAUGUUGGAGAAAUUGAUGCCAGCUUAUGAGGGCUUUCUCAUGAGGUUUAGUAGCCAUUUAGAGAGUGGAAAACAGAGAAAAAUGUGCCUCCAGUACGUCCAGAGGAUACAUGUUAAGUAUUCCCUCAAGGACCUUGAGGAGUUGAUCAUGACGAAAUUGUUUGCGCGUCAUCGGCUACCUCCAUCAUCAGACGGCCCAGUUGAGAACUCUCAUCUAGGAGGUGGUUAAAUGCAACACCUGGCAAGAUUUAGCAGCAGAGAAUGUAACUUUUCUCCAGUUCUUGAAAAUUGCCUGCACUAUUAGAUGAAAUGCCAGGUUAAGCUGUAUGUUGGAAAUAGUGGUAUACAGUGAAGCCCUUCUUUUACGUGUGAGAAUAAUUCUUUUACUAGUCUGCUCAGGCAUGUAAUAUCCCUUGCGCAUUCAUGUUGAAUUUAACGUCUAGAAAAUAUCUGCACAAAUUCUUUUGUAACCUUUAUCAUUCCAGUAAUAAAUGACAGAUGAUGUUUAUGAA